AUAACUGGGCAUCAACGUUUAAAUUCUAAUGCACAAAUCUCAUUUUCUACCACAUUUUAUCCAACAUCUAAUAAUUUAACAUUAGAUCCCCAAGUUAAAAUGAAUAGGCGAACAUCAUUCACAUCAUCAAUAACAUCACUAAUAUCUGAUGAUAAUUAUUUCCCAAGAUCUACAACACCAACAUCUGAUACUUCAGCGGAAAGUAAUGAUAGUUGUAAUGAUUUUGAAUUUAAGAACAUAUCAUUAUCAAAUGAAGUCAUUAAUAAUAGUGUUCUUGAGGAAAAUCAUAAUGUUCUUGAGGCAAAUAAUAAUGUUCUUGAGGCAAAUAAUAAUGUUCUUGAGGCAAAUAAUAAUGUUCUGAAGGAAAAUAAUAACAUUCUUGAGAGAACAAAUAAUGAACAAUUAUUUAUGGAGAAAUGGUUAGAGAAUAAUAACUUAACAUCAAAUACGAUACAAGAUAAUGAUAAGAAAUCCACGGAA